GUCAUGCUGGAGGAGCUCCAUGUCUCAGAUCAGCUGACUGCAGCUUCCGGUAGCCGACAGCACAUGACCGGGGAACAGGGAAGUGUUGUCUCAAACAGAAACAGGGCCGAGUCUGUCUUGGUUUUUCUGCGCAGAGAGGACUCGCUAACCACAUUUCACGCUCUUAUAAGGCGCCCUGCCAAAGGGAGAGGACGGACAGCUUCAGUGGUCUAUUAUUAAUUUAUAAAAAUGGCUUUAAAUCGCUCGUUUCCGCGCACUUUAUUUAAUUGUCUCCUAAUCUGCGUCACUUUGUGGAGCAACCUGAGCACCGGGGUGUUUGCCAAAUCAUCCCGGAGACCAAACAUUGUUUUGAUCCUCACAGACGACUUGGACAUCGCAAUCGGGGGUCUGAGUCCACUCACCAAGACGAAAAAACUAAUUGGUGAUGCCGGAAUAUCAUUCACAAACGCAUUUGUGGCCAGCCCGCUGUGCUGCCCGAGUCGCGCCAGCAUCCUGACGGGUAAAUACCCUCACAACCACCACGUCAUCAACAACACGCUGGAGGGGAACUGCAGCAGCGUCGCCUGGCAGAAGAGCGAGGAAGCCCACACCUUCCCCGCGCUGCUGAAGGCCAGCGGCUACCAGACCUUCUUCGCUGGGAAAUACCUCAACCAGUACGGCCACUCUGAGGCGGGCGGAGUGGAGCACGUCCCUCCAGGCUGGAGCUACUGGGUCGGACUGGAGAAGAACUCUAAAUACUACAACUACACUCUGUCAGUGAACGGGAAGGCGGAGCAACACGGAGAAGACUACAGCAAAGAUUACCUGACAGACGUCCUGGCCAACAGGUCUCUGGACUUCCUGCAGUAUAAAUCCAACUACCUGCCGUUCUUCAUGAUGGUUUCCAUCCCGGCUCCUCACUCCCCCUGGACCGCUGCUCCCCAGUACCAGAACAGCUUCAACACCACCAAGGCCCCCCGGGACCCCAACUUCAACGUCCACGGGAAGGACAAACACUGGCUGAUCCGACAGGCUAAAACCCCCAUGACCAACUCGUCUGUUCAGUUUCUGGAUGAUGCGUUCAGGAAACGGUGGCGAACUCUGCUGUCAGUGGACGACCUGGUGGAGAAGAUAGUGAAGAGGCUGGAGGUGCGAGUGGAGCUGGACAACACCUACAUCAUCUUCACCUCCGACAACGGAUACCACACAGGUCAGUUCUCUCUUCCUCUGGACAAACGGCAGCUCUACGAGUUCGACAUCAAAGUUCCUCUGAUGGUCCGAGGACCCAACAUCAAACCCAACCAGACCAGCCAGAUGUUGGUGGCCAACGUGGACCUCGGUCCGACCGUCCUCGACAUCGCCGGCAUCAACGUCAACAAGACGCAGAUGGACGGCAUGUCCUUCCUGCCGGUGAUGGAGGGGAAGAUGAACAGCAGCAGCUGGAGGACCGACAUCCUGGUGGAGUACGAGGGAGAAGGCAGCACGGUGACGGACCCCGCCUGCCCGCUGCUGGGGCCCGGCGUCUCGGAGUGUUUCCCAGACUGUGUGUGUGAAGACUCGUACAACAACACGUAUGCGUGUGUGCGCACCGUCGCCCCCUCUGUCAACCUGCAGUACUGCGAGUUUGACGACAAUGAGGUGUUUGUGGAAGUCUACAACGUGACGGCAGACCCGUACCAGCUGACCAACAUCGCUAAGACCAUCGAGCAGGAGGUCCUGGAGAAGAUGAACCACCGGCUGAUGAUGCUGCAGUCCUGCUCCGGACAGUCCUGUCGGACCCCCGGAGUCUACGACACCAGGUAUAAGUUCGACCCUCGGCAGAUGUUUUCCAGCCACAGCUGGCGGCUCAGCAGACUGAGACAGAAGAUGAAGUAAGAAGGAGGAAGAGGAGGAGGAGGAGGAAGAGGAGGGCUGUAUGGUGUUGUGUAUCAGCCUUUCCUGCUGUUGUUGCCUUGAUUUCAGGCCUCCUGAGCCAGAGUCUCUGUGUGGAUGAGAAGGGAUCAGGUGGGUUCUCUGUGUUUCGGUUCUCUGGAAGCUCCUUUAAAGCUUCGCUUCGGCUGCUGUUUAGUGAGUUUGUCUGUAGGUGUGCAGGGAAAUGAUUCAGGACAGAGUCACACUCACAAGCCAUUAACUCACGUUUUCUUAUCAAUGUUAUUUAAAAAGUCCUGCAAACAAAUAUUUCACCCAGUUCUUAAAAAAAUGUGUGUUUUUCUCUCAUAUCACCAGUUUCCAAAAGCUUUUUUUGUGUGUUUUGAUGCAUUCAGAUGGUCCUCAAACAUGUCAGAAGGUGGAAAUUGAAUUUACAAAUCUGAUUUUCUGGCUCAUUAUUAACGUUUGGGCAGUAAAAAAAAAAAUGAAUUGGAGUGAUCACAGACUUUUAACUGCACAUACAGUCAUGGAAAAAAUUAUUAGAACGCCCUUUUUCUUCAAUUUUUGGUUUAUUUUAAUGCCUGAUACAACUAAAGGUACAUUUGUUUGGACAAAUAUAAUGAUAACAACAAAAAUAGCUUUUAAUUUAAGACCUGAUAUCUAGAAAAUUUCCAUGUUUUUCUUGAUAAUAACCAAAAUCAUUAUCACGAAAACCAUGGAAAAUGUCUAGAUAUCAGCUCUUAAAUUAAACUCUUAUCAGCUAUUUUUAUUGUUAUCAUUAUAUUUGUCCAAACAAAUGUACCUUUAGUUGUACCAGCCAUUAAAAUGAACAAGAAAUAGAAAAAAAACAAAAAAAGGUGGUCUAAUAAUUUUCCCAUGACUGUAUUUGUGUUGUGAUAAUGAUCUAAAAGUGACGAUAAAAAGGUUGAAAAAGUUGAAUUCUGACCUGUGAGCCGUCUGUAAUGUUGUCUCUGGUAGAUGUGAAUGGGUGAUGAUGUUCGUGCCUGAAGUAAAAAGAAAAAGAACUGGGAUAUAAAGAGAGAGCGCCACCUACAGGAACUUAAUAAACAGGCAGUCCAACAGAAAACACUUCCCACAGACAUGAUGAGUGCCUAAAGACACGUUUACCCUCCAGCUGUCACUUCCACACUCAAAGAUACAUUAUGGACAGAAUGACUGAAGAGUUAUUAUACACUGAAAACAACCAACAUGUAGUCUGGAAUCACAUUUCAUUCAAUAUUAAAUACAUAAAUAUAUAAACAUGUCUAUAAGAUAAAUAUGGCUAUGAAAUAAAUCCUGAAAUAAAUAAAUGAAGCAAAAGAUAUAUCAAUACAUGUAAUAUAUAUAUAUAUAAAUAUGGCAUUGGGAAAUAAAAGUCCCCUGAAAUAAAUAGAUGAGGGAAUAAAUACAUUCAUAAAUGUGAUACAAAUUAAUGUGGAAUAAAUGUGUAAAUGGAAAUGUGGGAUAAGAAAACAAAAGUCCUGAAAUAAAAUGAAUAAUUAAAUAAAUGUUAAAUCAUUUUGUUAAACAAAGACACCUGAAAUAAAUAACUGAGGCAAUAAAUAUAAAAAUAAAUGGAAUAACUAUAACUAUAACUAUAUAUAUAUAUAUAUAUAUAUAUAUAUAUAUAUAAUAAAAUCAAUGUACCAAUAGGAAGCAAAAGGUUCCUGAAAUUAUAUUUAAAAAAAACAAAUAAAUCAAUAUGGCAUUAGGAAAUAAAAGUUCCCCACAACAAACAAAGAGAAGAUCUUUAAAAAAAAUCCUUAUUUUUUUUUAUAGUUAUCAAACUAUAUUGACUAAUUUAUACAUUUAUAUUUACAAUAAUUUUAUCUUUAUAUAUUUAUUGCCUCAAUUAUUAAUCUCGGGGUUUAUUUCAUAGCCACAUUAAUUUAUUUCUUUAGAAUAUUUUUUUAAUUUAUUUAAUAUUGGAAGAAAUGGCAUCCCAUAGUGGCUUUUAAAGGAAAACUUUUUGCUACCAAAAAAAAAAAGCAAAUUAAAGCAAAACUAAAGCCAUUUUUGGACAAAAAGUUUCAGAUUAUGUUUGUCACAAUAAAUCAUCUGGACCGAAGAAUCACAUCACUGAGCAUUUAACAAAUGAAAACAGGAAUUUCACAAUUAUAACUGGUUGGAUCAUCAGCAAACAGUUAGGGGAAAAAUGUGUCAUUUUAGUAAAAAAAAAUAAACUUUUAUGUCUAAAAUUAGUCCUGAAAUGAUUUGAAAGAAUAUAUUAGUAGCAUUAAUAAAAGCCUUCAUCCAAGUUUAGUUCAUAAAUAUGAUUUAAAGGUUUAUUACGUAGUUUCCAGCAUCAAACGUUCAUUAUUUCAGUGAUUUAUCUCGACUGAAAAGUGUUAAAGCGCCUUUUUCAUCCACAAAUUUCAAAUUAAAUGUCACUUUUUGUCUUUUUUUAAUGAUUUCAUUUCAUUCUGCGUUUAUUUAAGUCACGACUGUCACUUUAAAUUAACAGAAAAACAAACAUUUCUAUGUCGGGGACGAACAUUUCCAGUAUUUUCCUUAUAAUUUCAAUGUUCUGUAGCGUUUCACUGAGCCAAAUCUGAAACAUUUGUCUGGUACGGAGAUUAACUUCCUGGCGGAGACGAAGAAGAAGUCAUUUUUAGAAAGAUAGAAGAUUUAUCUUGCCAAAAACAACAUUUUUUCCAUCAUCAGGGUUUCAGUCAACACAGUUUUAGAUGUUUUUUUGUUUGUUUUAUUUAUGUUUAACACAAUUUUUGUUCUAUGAGUUGGAUGUGAGGCCAAAUAAAAGUAAAAAAAAUAUCUAUAUUUGAUACAUUUUUCAAUGCAAACUUCUCCUGCAAACUUCAAGAGAACUGAAUGUUUUCUUUUUAUGUUUAUUGACAGAAAAAAAUCGGAAAUUUGCUGGAAUUUUAGAUUAAGAUUGAAUAAAAGUUGGAUAUUUUUCAGAUCAAAGCUGCCUACAGCCAGUGUUUUUAAUUUUGAAAUUAAAAUUAAAUAAUCUGAGCUGAUUUCUAACAUCCAACCAAAGAUUUGAUCAGGAGACUUUUGAGGGAAAAGUGUUAAUAAACGACAUUAAGAAAGUCUCGUCACAUCUGCAUGACAUCUGUUGUAAAAUGUUUCUCGUGUGUUUAUUUUCAUUGUGAAUUAUUUUCUAACUGACAAGCGAAGCAGACAAACAGCUGCUCGUUCCUCUGCUACUGUCGUCGUUAUUCUGGGAAUGAGAAUAUUAAUAACACGUUCAUAAAUAUAUACAUACAGCCUCUUUCUUCCUCUGUGGUUUGUUCUGAUUCACACCUGGACUGAAUUAAUGUGAGACACUGAGAUCAACAUGU